UUUUUACUAUAUCAGCUUGUGAAACCUGUUUCAUUUUACCCGUUCCAAUUUGCUCAUGCUACGUUAUAAUUAGUUGGAGCAGAAAAACGUGCAGAUUUUUCAUUAAAAGCCGAUAGCUGGUUUAAUAAAAGUGCAAUUUGUCUAUUGGACGCAAAGCUAAUAAAAUAUAAAAUAUAUUACCAAAACACAAAAAAACAUGUUGAGAUUGUCGAAACUCUUACCUCGUACUAAUUUAUUCCGUCAGGCCACUAAUCAUCUGCCUGAAAAAUUUUCAAGUUUUGAGAUUGAAGGACCUUUGCUUAAAAAUGGGUUGCUCUCGCAAACACGUUACAAAUCUGGUGAAGUUAAGGGCGCCGUAAUAGGUAUCGAUUUGGGCACCACGAAUUCAUGCGUAGCAGUAAUGGAAGGAAAGCAAGCAAAAGUGAUUGAAAAUGCUGAAGGUGCCAGGACGACGCCUUCUCAUGUGGCUUUUUCAAAAGAUGGAGAAAGGUUGGUUGGUAUGCCAGCGAAACGUCAAGCAGUAACGAACUCCGCAAAUACAUUCUACGCAACUAAACGUCUUAUUGGCCGCCGGUUUGAUGAUCCAGAAAUUAAGAAAGACAUUAAAAACCUCUCAUAUAAAGUUGUUAAAGCUUCAAAUGGUGAUGCCUGGGUAUCAGCCACAGACAAAAAAGUGUAUUCGCCUUCACAAAUCGGGGCUUUUGUUUUAAUGAAAAUGAAAGAAACCGCUGAAGCAUACCUCAAUACCCCAGUUAAGAAUGCUGUUAUUACAGUGCCAGCUUAUUUUAAUGAUUCACAGCGUCAAGCUACUAAAGAUGCUGGCCAGAUUGCUGGUCUUAAUGUCUUGCGUGUCAUUAAUGAACCAACAGCUGCAGCAUUAGCCUAUGGUAUGGAUAAAACUGAAGACAAAAUAAUUGCUGUUUACGAUUUAGGUGGUGGUACAUUCGAUAUAUCUAUACUUGAGAUUCAAAAAGGAGUGUUUGAAGUAAAAUCAACAAAUGGUGACACAUUACUUGGCGGAGAAGAUUUUGACAAUGCUAUUGUUAAUUAUUUAGUGUCAGAAUUUAAAAGAGAUAGCGGCAUUGACAUCACAAAAGAUUCUAUUGCAAUGCAACGACUUAAGGAAGCGGCAGAAAAAGCAAAGUGUGAAUUGUCAUCUUCACAACAAACAGAUAUUAAUUUACCUUACCUUACAAUGGAUGCAUCUGGACCUCAACAUAUGAAUCUUAAAAUGACUAGAGCUAAAUUAGAGAGUCUUGUAGGUGAUCUCAUAAAACGCACCAUACAACCUUGUCAAAAAGCACUUGCAGACGCUGAAGUUUCAAAAGCAGAAAUUGGUGAGGUCUUACUUGUUGGUGGUAUGACACGAAUGCCGAAAGUUCAGUCUGUUGUUCAGGAUUUAUUUGGUCGUCAACCAUCUCGCUCUGUUAAUCCAGAUGAAGCUGUAGCUGUCGGAGCAGCUGUUCAGGGAGGUGUAUUGGCAGGUGACGUAACCGACGUACUUUUAUUAGAUGUCACUCCACUUUCGUUGGGUAUUGAGACACUUGGUGGUGUUUUUACUCGUUUGAUUUCAAGAAACACCACUAUUCCUACAAAAAAAUCACAAGUGUUUUCCACCGCCGCUGAUGGUCAAACACAAGUUGAAAUAAAAGUGCAUCAAGGUGAACGUGAAAUGGCAUCAGAUAAUAAAAUGUUAGGCUCGUUUACACUUGUUGGUAUUCCACCCGCACCUCGUGGUGUACCACAAAUUGAAGUUGUAUUUGAUAUAGAUGCAAACGGCAUUGUUCACGUAUCAGCUAAGGAUAAAGGAACAGGAAAAGAACAACAAAUAGUUAUUCAAUCCAGUGGAGGCUUAAGUAAAGAUGAGAUUGAAAAUAUGAUUAAGAGAGCGGAAGAAUAUGCCGCUUCUGAUAAGAAAAAACGCGAAUUAAUUGAAUUGGUGAACCAGGGAGAAAGUAUUGUGCACGAUACUGAAACUAAAAUGGAAGAAUUUAAGAGCCAAUUGCCAUCAGAAGAAUGCGAAAAAUUGAAAAAGGAAAUUGCUGAACUCAGAACUUUACUUGCAAAUAAAGAUACCGCAGAACCUGAGCAAGUUAGAAAAGCUACUUCACAACUACAACAAUCAUCCCUGAAACUAUUUGAAAUGGCAUACAAGAAGAUGUCAGCGGACCGUGAAAGCGCAAGUUCAGAAAGCACUACCGAUCAAACUGCAAACGAACAGAAAAAAGAAGAGAAGAACUAAUUCAUUUGUUACAUAUAAUUUCUUUAUAAUUAAUCGUUAUCGUAAGCCGGAUCUAGAACGAAAUACAAGAUGUUUACUUAUAUUCUUUUUCGUAUAAAAUUUACUGUUAUCAUAUUAUAUAUUUUUUUAUUUAAUAAUACGACAACAUUGUACAUAAAUUCGACUAACGAAUUUUUUUUCACUAUUUUAAAGUGGAACGUAUGUUUUAAUAUUUCAACUAUUAAUUAAAAGUAUAUGUAAAUUAGAAUAGUACCUUUAUUGUUUAGAUAAAUAAAAAAAAAA